AGCCUCUUUGUGUCGGAGCUGUGAGGCAAGGAGCUGAGCCGAACUGAACUGUAUUGUAUAGGUAAACCCAUCCCUGUUGCUUGCGUAGCGCCUUGGCUAAACAGCGCAGAAAUAAUCUAUAAAAAUGCCAGAUAACGGCACCGAGGAGGCUGGCCCCAGUACAGAUGAUAUUUGCCGCGACUUCCUGCGCAACGUCUGCAACCGCGGUAAGCGCUGCAAGUUCCGCCACCCAGACGCUAAUGAGAUGUCUACCCUUGGCCUUUUAUCUUCUGAUCUACCUGUUAAUAAAGGUGAGAUUCCGAUCUGCCACGACUAUCAAAAGGGUGACUGUCAAAGAGGGCCCAAAUGUAAAUUCCUGCACGUAAAGCGCGACGAGUAUGGUUAUGAAAACCAAGGUAUGGCGCACAGCCAAGUGUUUUCUUCCUUGGCCCGUAGAUAUGACCGCUAUGAUGACCUCUACUCUAGAGGUUAUGACGCUGACCACUACGAUGGCUACGACGCCCACAUGAAGAGGAGGAGGAUGGAGGGCAUGGGGUUCGAAGUAUACGACUACGGUAUGCAAAAUCCAGGUGCAGCUGACUACCGAUUUCUGAAGGAAGAGAAUCUCAUGCUCCAAAAGCGUGUUGAGGAUCUCCAAAAACAGGUGUCAAAUCUGAUGGCCACCAAUGAGCUCCUUCUAGAGCAGAAUGCAAAUCUCCGCAACCAAGUGAAGAUGGGAAUGAUGACUCCCAUGACUCCCAUGACCCCCAUGACCUCCAUGACAGCUAUGACUCCCACACCCACUGCAACAGCUGGGAGAUUCACCACCCAGUGACGUGGUGAUGAUCACCUGAGAGAGGUGUGACUCUACUCCUUUAAGUAAUUGUUUUGUCACUUCAGUAUACUAAUAAAAGAAACUUAUGUAGUUUGUCAGAUCUGAGAAGGUUGUACUGGGACUGCUUUACAGAUGCAAAAUAUGCAAAUUUACAGUUUGACCUAUAAGACCAUGAUCUCAACUGAUAAUAGGCAGUUCUACAAUACCACUACUUCUAAUUUAUAAAUAGUGGUGGAAGGGGGAGUAAUGGGGGUGGACAGGGGAAGAUGGUUAAGUUGCUGUACCACUGCUAACACUGGCAGUGAAGUGACAGGAUGUAUCAAAAAAUUCUGAUAAUUGUUUAUGAUAUCUAGAGUCACUGCAAUAAACAUUUCAUUCAUUUUGAAUAACUUAGCUUUCUUUCUCUCCCCCACCCACCCCCCGGCCCACCCUCCUAAAAUAAAGAAAAAGUAAUGCGAGUAUUGUGAAACAUUUAACCAAAAUGCAGGACAAAGUUGUUCUAAUCCACUAAGCUAUUUUCUAAGUGACAUUGUGCAAAAUUCUCUGUUCAUUGACUUGGUUAUGGCCAUAUUGUGCACAAAUUUGAGAGUAUUUUGUCACCUCAGUUUUGCGCAUUUUGCUUUUCUGGAAACCUACUUGUGUUGCAAGAUUUAGACACAUGCUAGAUUUGGCUUUGGCAAAGCAUAGUGGCAGAAUGAAUGAAUUAGUGGCAAAAGUAGCCACUAAUUGAGCCACCUGUAUUGCAAAGCUUUCCAGUGUGUGUAUUGUGAGAUGCCUUAGUAUGUGUUGCAAGCUAUUACAGACUUGGGUACUGAAGGCUGUGUAAUUCUAGAUCGUUAUUGUCUGAUUUAUAUUUUCCAUCUAAGUCUAGAAUACAGCCUUUAAUACACCUAUAUCAUUCAAUGUGUAGCUGGCCUCUUUGUGUAUCUGUUCUAUGUGACUGACAUUUUGAAAGCUAAGUUAAUCAUUUGUCAGCCAACUGAUUUUUAAUUUGGCUUAAGCCACAGAAAACAAGGCAUUUUUGAUGCUAUGUAUAGUGGGUAUUGGGUUGGUGGUCUUUUGGUCUGUAUUGUGGGUUUUUCUUUUGUGUUGGUGGGAACCCAGGACCACUGCAUGGCACGUCAUAGAUUUUUCUUCUUUUCUUGCAUUGCUUUCUAUUUUAAAACUCAUUUAAAAUAGCUGAGUGUAGUUAUUAGUUGCCAUGUUUUCAUUGGACUUAGGUGAACAGAGAAUCCUGCCUGCUUUUAGUAAUUCUCUGCCUAUUGUGUAUAAUUUUUAACUUUUCUCUUUUUUCUACUGUUCUUUGGGGUGGGGGAGGGCACAUUUUGGUUCCACAACCGGAAAAUCCGAUCCUGCACUAACUGUUGAUUGCAGAAGGUAAAGCCUGCAUACAUCUUGAUUCUCUUCUCUCCUGUUUAAAGAAGCACCUGGUCUUCACUCAACAGGUUCAGCUGGGAAUAAUGGACAUGCAGACCCCAGAACUACUUAUUUUCCUUGCCCACAUUUCCACCCCUUUACAUGCCUUCUCAAGCUAAGAAGAUAUAGUACAGAAUUGUGAAUUGCUAGGUAUUGGGGUUGAUGGAUAUCAAGCUAAUAUUGCAGUGACCACAAUUUUUUGGAAUUUUCUUAUCUUGGAGUACAAACCAUGAAUGUUAAUUAUAUAAUUGGUAAAUGGUUGCAUUAUUAUAGUUCAGUGUACAGUGGAAUCCUGUUUGUAAUAGGUGGACAAGGUAAAUUCAACUUAUUCAUCAGACCUGCAGAAAUGACUAUUACAAGUCAGUCAUGAUUGGGUACAACAAGGAUUUUGACAGGAAUCUGCUUAUUGACAUCAGAUUGUGCACCUCUUUCAGUUCCUAAAAUCACAGUGCUCACGUAUCACUGUUGUUUUUUUAAGAUCCUUGCACUGAAAUGUUGAUAUUAUUCAUCAUCCUAUCUGGCCUCAGUGGUUUAGGAUUCUGGCAUUCAUCUAUCCUUUGUUUUGGCAUUUGAAUGUACUACAUGACUAUAGUGUUAUUUCAAGUUAAAGCUUAGGGUCAGCCUUUUAACAGUGAACAUUUUCUCCUCCACUCUGCACACCAAAAUCUUUCGGCAUUACCCAAGCUGAAGAUGAUUGGGAACAGGGUAAGAGCAGUUGCUACUUUGUGGGUAGUCAUCAAUUAUUGUUGACCCUAACAGUCAAGUAAACUAGUGUGUCAUAAAUAAUACAUUUUCUUUUUCUGGUUAAAACUUGCUGACUAGAAUGGGUACGUCUCUACAGGUUUAAAUAUUUGGAAGAAACAAAGCAGCCAGGCUUCUUGUGGAGUAGUUCUGUGGUGAGAUUUGUUUCUUCACAACACAGACCCAAUCAUUAAUCGGCCACACCUUUUUAAAAUAUAUAAGGGAAUUUUGAUAGGUUCAGUGUAACUAUAGAGAGGUCUUCAACUUGAAUUCUGGUUUUCACUACUGGUCUUGCUUAACGAAUUUUAAUUUUUUAUUUCAGAAUUUAAUGUUUUUGAUUUUACUGUACUACCAAAACACACUGUUUCCUAAAUUGGACUUUGCAGUGAAGUGGUUAUUAAAGUGGAAUAAUGAGCACUUUGGUUGCCAUUUAGACAUGCCAAUAAAAUGGGAAACUUAACUAUAGUUUCAUCUAAUGCGCUGGAAAGGUUUAAUGGUACAGUACAUGUAUAAUGUGUAUAUAUUUGAUUGCUACAUAGUUCUUUACUAUGGUUAAUGCUUUUCUAUGCGAUUACAUGUAGAGUGUUUUUUUUUCCGUCGUUAAUCGUUCAACUGAUGCAGACCUCCAGGACAACAGAACCUAUACAGUCCUAAACUAAGUGUACUUUAAUUGUAGACCUUUUAAAACAAAAAAAAUGUGUUCACCUUUAUUUCUAUGAAAGUUUGUUGAGUGUAUAACAAUAAAGCAAAUUUUCAUUUGUGUAUUGUUUUGUAUUUCUUGUGUUUAUAGUGCAAACUUUAGUAGAUUGACUUUUUGUAAUUAGAUAAUGUAAGUUAAAACACAAAUUAUAAAUUCAACUCGGUGCAAGUUAAAUACCUUUUGGAAAAAUAAUUCUAAACAUCGGGAGGUGACAGCCCCUUUUGAUCAAACUAUUUGUACUUUUUAAGCCUUAAACCAUCUGGUGGAAAUUUAUUUUGGUUGGCAGUGAAUUUAAAAAAUGGCUACCACACACUAUGCACUUUGCCUGAUAGCACUCCAUACCAGCACUGAUUCCUUUGUAUAUGAUUUUAAAUGUAGAAGUGCAGAUAUGAUUUAGUGAAAAUUAAAUUAUGGAGAGUUGUUCAGAAAGGGUUUAUCUUGGGAAAAAGCAUGGAAUAGAAGCAGGUGAGUGUUUGGGCUGAUUUUUAAAAAAAAACAUAGCAAGAAUGAUGUCUAUUGAAAUACUGAUUAUGCCAGUUGAUUUAGAAGACAGCAAUUGAGAUUUCAUUAUAUUAAAUAUCCCUUCUUCUAUAAUUUGAUGCAAAUGACUCAUCAAAAUGAUCUUGUACUUGACAUGCAUAUGCACACUUCCAUCAGGAAUCUUAAGGUGUGGGAAUAGUGCUUUCUCAUCAAAAGUUGGGGUGCUGUGGCAUAUUGGGGAGCCACUUCUGCCAUAGCAAAGGUUAGCAAACAGGCUAAGCAUCACAGCUAAACUUGCUGGACUUGCAGUGAAUUUGAUUGCAUUUUUAGCAAAAGUUACAAUUAUCCACACUAUGGAAUGUAGUUAUAAAUCUUGUCUAAUAGGUUUGUGAAUAGGCAGUUUGUGUCUUAUUUUCUGACAUCUUAUGGUAUGAAUAUUGUAUUUGAGAUCAUGGAAAUGGUAUGGCAAGAUUAAUGAUGCAAUGUAGGUUAGACUUUUUUUUACCUCUUGGGACUUGGACUCAAGUUCACCUAUACUUGAUGUUGCCAAAGCCAUUUGAAAUUAAAAGGUGCACGGUCUGUGGUGAAUUUUAACUUUGCACGCCAUACUCACAGAUUAAAAUAAUAUUGCUUAUCUUCCUAUGUGGGUCUGCUCUUAUUCCAUCUCAGUCUUUCAGCAUUUGUUUUCCUUUUGAAAACAUACAUACUACUAGUCCCAACGACUUCUGUGCUAGUGAGUCAAAUUUCUCUAUUGAACUAAAUAUACUUCUAUUUAUUUCGAAGGUGUAUGGGUUAGUAGGCUAAUUGGUCACAUGGGUGGAAUUGCGCUGCGCAGGCACAUUAUGCUGGAAGGGCCUGUUACCAUGCUCUAUUUUUAAAUUUAUGGCCUCUGCAUUUUUACUGCACAUCUAUUCUGUCCAAACAAUACAUAUUUCUGCCAUUAAAAAAAACUUAAGUUUUUCUGACAGCUGUAAUCUCGCCUUUCUGAUUCAAAAUUUUGCCUGACCAUUACUUUUGAAUCAUGGAAAUGCAUUGAUAGCAUUUUAAAAAUGAUUUGCUAGCCUGUUGCUGCUUACAGCAAUCUCAUCACCUGCAUUCCACUGCUCUUCUGCUCAUUUAAUUGCUUGUCUAUUCACUGAUACUUUUGCAUUUCCCCUAAUAUGCCAGACCUCCUUGUUAAGGUAUAAUUGCGCCUCCACUGCUAGUUUUUCUUUUUGAUGUCCUAUGUUGCAGAUUAUUUUGUUAUUGAUUUGUUAGGCUGUGGGUAUCACUAUUUAGUUGUAAUUAUUGUCCCUUCUUGAACUGUGUCAUUGGGCUUCAUUGUAGGGCAGUUAAGUGUCCACUACAUCGUUAUGGUCUUUACGUUGUGCUGACUAUAUUGGGUAUGGCUAACAUUUCCAUCACUGAAAGGCAUCUAGUGAUCCAGAUAGAUUUCUAAAUCCCAAAUUAUUUAUGUGCAGUGCGAAUAAGUAGUCCUGAAUUUGAUACUUGAGGUACACUGCCUUCUACGGUCUGAAUAAAGAUCCUUUGUUCUCUACCUCCACCCUAGGACAGGGCUGAAAGGUACAAUUUAAGCUGCAACUCUUGGGCUACCUCAGAAGCCAGUUAAGUUUCAACCUGAUUGGCAUUGGAUUGGAGCUUGCAUAUAGGCCAGAUCAGGCUUGAGAUUAAUUUCUCUAAACAACAUUCAUUUUGUAACUGUCUUGGCAAUGUAAGAUCAUAUUUUUAUGUUCCAGAUUUUCUAAAAUAAAUUUAACCUUGGUACCAUGAUUUGAAUUCUGAUUUCCUUAUUUAUUGGCUCAACUUUGUAUUUCUAAAUUAAUUAAAAUUAAGUUCAAUGAAAAUAUUGCCUAACUAUACUAUUGUAAAACCAGUAUCAAAAGUGUACUAGAUGCUGCUAGUUGCAGUUUUGAUUUAAUUUUGUUAGAAAAAUUCCAAAAUGUAAAGUAUUGUCUAAUGACAUUAGUAAUUGGAUACAAGAAGCAUUGCAAUGAGUAUUUUAUGUGACUGAACAAGUUUUUCAUUGCUCCCUUCGGUGUACUAGGGGAUAUAAAUAUAUUUGAAUAUAGUUUCAUUUGCAUGUCAAAAUUAAAUUAACUGCAAAUCUCUCUGGUGCUAUACAUCAUUGUGAGAAUAAAGCAAUUGAUACAGUGCUAGAGAAAGUGAUUGAGCAUUAACUUUUUCUUGUGACACAGAUAAAGAUUCUCAACUGAAGCACUGACUGUUUCCAUCCGUUGAUGCUGCCCAACCUACUGAGUUAUUCCAGUGCUUCGUGUUGAAAAUUUGUUCCAUUUCUUUUCAAAGGACUGCUAGGUUCCAAAUUAGGCAUCAGCAAGAAUUAAUGCCCUGUGAACCUCUAUCACACCUAGUGGGAAAAAUUUUUUAAAUGCUCUUUGCUUCUGUCAAAAAAGUGCAUUGAAGAAUCUAAAGGUUGUUUUUACACCACCUCUAAAAUGCUAGAGUCAAGUGGCACUAGCAACCAGUGAUGGAUCAUAUGCUGGAAAAGCUAUUAAAUAAAACCAACAUCGUGUGGUUACUAGGCCUGGCAGCAUCUACGGAAAAGAGCCAAACAGUCGACAUUUCAAGCUAAGACCCUUCAUUUAAGACUGGAAAGGAAGCGCAGAAGUCAGAAUAAGGUGGGGGGAGGUGGCGCCAGCAAACAGUGAUGGAUCAUAUGUUGGAAAAGCUAUUAAAUAAAACCAACAUCAUGUGGUUACUAGGUCAGACAGCAUCUAUGGAAAAGAGUGAACAGUCAACGUUUCGGGCCGAGACCCUUCAUUAAGACUGGAAAGGAAGGGCAGAAGCCAGAAUAAGGUGGGGGCAGGGAAGGAAGUAGUACAAGUUGGCAGGUGAUGUGUGAAAUGGGGGGGGGGGCAGUAAUAGGCUAUAAAAUAUAUCAGUAGAUAGACUGUCUCCAGAUAUCAAGAAAGGGGACGGAGGUGUCAGAAAUGGAGACAUUCUAUCCACUGAUAUCUUCUAUAAACCCACUGACUCUCAGCUAUCUGGACUAUACCUCUUCCCAUCCUGUCAUGUAAAAAUGCUAACACGAGGAAAUCUGCAGAUGCUGGAAUUUCAAGCAACACACAUAAAAGUUGCUGGUGAAUGCAGUAGGUCAGGC